CUUUAUGCACCCUUCCUUUCACCACAACCACCACCGCCCCGCAAAAGUCUCCAGCGCAAACGAGCACGCGCCGCGUCGCGGCCAGACACGGCCGAAAUGCAGAACCACGAGCAGUCUGCGCCGCCGGGCCGCGAUGGCCCUCCGAAACCCGCGCGCCCGUCAACAAACAGCGACGCGCACCUCCUUUCGAACCCGCUGAAGCGCCUCUCCCUGCAUACCGCCGCGAACACGCCGCUCCCACAGUCGCCGGGCGUGAACUCGCCCAGAUACCCCUUCGUCCGCCGCAGCUCCAGCGUCGCCAGCCUGAACCGGUCGUCGUCGCCAGCGCCGGCUCUGGCUAGAAAGUCGUCCGCUUCAUCGCUUCGAGGCGACAUGCCCGGCACCCCUCGAGCACCCGUGUCGCGCCGGUCGUCCUUCAACCCCAACAUGCCGUCGCCAGUCAAUGGCAAGUCGCCGCUCGCCACGCAGGUGGAAGAGAAGCCGCCGUUGCGGGCAUGCGAUAUUGCCGAGGACUGCUUCAAGAAAGAGCUGGCGCUGCACGAGGGCAUGGCAGGCGCCGCCAAUGCGGGCACAAUCGUCAUAGUCCACGACCAAUGCUACGGCCACCGAUACUCCAGGCCCAAGGCGUCGAAAGCGCAGCUGAGCACUAUCGUGGAGCGACCGGAGAGGAUCCUCGCAGGCGUGUUGGGCAUAUCCGCAGCCUAUGUGCGGCUUGGAGAACGCCACUGCGAAGGAAGCAACCCGCCCGCCCCAAAUCAGGCCCCGCCCGCGCGCAUCCCAUUCAAGAUCCGCAAGACUGCCCGGAGCGUGGACCUCACGUCUCAAGCAGUCACGAAUGUACACGGCUCGAAGUGGAUGGAGGAACUUAAGUCGCUAUGUAUGGAUGCUGGGCGGAAGUUGGCCUCCACCGGAAAAGAGCUGGUACGAGAUCCGUCAACGGUACCAGGGCAGCCGAAGGAGCAGUUCCAUUCCGGCGACUUAUACCUCUGUCCGGAGUCGUUGCAUGCCCUUCAGGGAGCGCUUGGCGGAGUCUUGGAUGCCGUCGAUGCCGUCUUCCAAGGCUCUGGCAUCGGCAAUGCCACAUCGCGCGCAUUCGUCUGCGUUCGGCCACCUGGUCACCAUUGUUCCGCAGACUGGCCGUCCGGAUUCUGCUGGCUGAACAACGUCCAUGUUGGCAUCGAGCACGCCAUGUUGAAUUACGGCCUCACCCAUGCCGCAAUCAUUGACUUCGAUCUGCAUCACGGAGACGGCUCGCAGGCAAUCACCUGGGAGCGCAACAAGAAGGUGCAAGGCAUGCAUAAGAAUACACCAAACUGGAAGAAGACGUCAAUUGGCUACUUCAGCUUACACGACAUCAACUCCUUCCCCUGCGAAGAUGGAGAUGAUGCCAAAGUUCAGGCAGCUAGCCUCUGCAUCGACAACGCUCACGGCCAAUCCAUCUGGAAUAUUCACCUAGAGCCUUGGUCCACCAUGGAUGACUUCUGGCGAAUCUACGAAGAGAAAUAUUUGAUCCUUCUGGACAAGGUGAGGCAGUACCUCAAGCACCAUACCAAGCGACUCCGUCAAUCUCCAAAUCACCCCACUCCGAAAGCGGCCAUCUUCAUAUCCGCAGGUUUCGACGCUAGCCAAUGGGAGACGGCGGGAAUGCAGCGCCAUGCUGUUAAUGUACCUACCGAGUUCUAUGCGCGGUUUACUCGCGAUGUCGUCCGUCUCGCCGAGGAAGCGGGCACUGGUGUAGACGGCCGAAUAAUUUCAGUCCUCGAGGGCGGGUACAGCGAUAGGGCACUCGCGAGCGGCAUUCUCAGCCACAUCAGCGGCCUCUGUGACGGGCAAGUGUUUUCGGAUGCGCGCCGCUCGAGGGGGCUAGCUUUUGACAUGCAGCAACGGCUCAAUGGCCUGAGCAUGCACGAUCCGGAUUCCCCAAUGCCAUCCACCGAGUCCGAACUGACCCCGGUCACGUACGACCCUCUCUGGUGGAAUGAAACUCAAUUGGCAGAACUGGAGAACCUUGUCAACCCGCCGCCAGUGGUUAUACCAAAGAAGGUGCGGGCGGGACCUCCGGCACACUUCUCCUCUCCGACCCAGUCUUUUACUGCCAAGGUUGUCGAUCCGACCAAGAUCCAUCGUACAGUUUCCGGGAAGUUCCAGUCCGCCAGCCCUUCUAGAGCACCAACGCCACCCCCGCCAGAAGUUGACUGGGCCACGGCUUCCCAUGCUCUCAGUAAGCUGUUGAUUCCUUCGGACCGCCAGACCCACAGCUACAGGGCCGAAGAACUAGCCGAACCGAAAGUCAAGAAGGAGAAACCCGCGCCCGUCCUAACAUCCGUCCAUGUGGAUCCAUCAGGACGCCAGCUCCGUGGUAGAAGGCCUGUAGCUGCGUACGCAGAGCCAGAUUCGGAUGACGAAAAUGCAUCUGUGCGUGCUGAAUCUAAGGCAAACCGCCGUAGAACGAUUGCCGACCUUCCGCUCGCGCCAGCCGAACCUCCAGCACCCGCUCGAUCGGCGUCUCGGCGUAUGAGCAUUGCAUCGAGCAUUGGGUCUGUCAGCGGCGAGAGGAGUGCGAGUCGUGCGUCUACUGUCAUGCCCAGCCGGCGGAGCGUCACACCAGCGCCGGGGACGAAUGGAGUCCAGGUCAAGAAGGCUAGAGGUCCCACUACUGCGACUUCCCGUAUCCCGAGGAACCCGCCUCCGGUACCGCGUGUGCCCUCCAACUACACUAAUGGAACCGCUUCAUCGAAAGACAAGGAGAAGGAGAAGGAGAACGAUAUGGACCAGCUUACCGCUGGCAUGCAGCGUGUCACACUGAAGCUGGCCCCCAAAGACGAAUACGAGGCCCGGCAGAAGCAGAAGGAAGCGGAAAAGAAGACGAAGACGGCAACGACGCGAAAAACACCCGCUGCACGAACCACGAAAUCAGCUGCGAAGACUACCACCACGAGAAAGGCUCCUGGUCGGCCACCCAAAUCAUCCAAGCCUCCCUCGCCUGUCGAGCCUGAAGCGCCCAUUCCCGCACCAGAACCACCCAAAGUGGAGGCGGCCGCCAUGACACCGCUCGAGCAGCCCCAGCCGGUGCCGCCAGAGCAGACACCAAGCGUCAUUGAGCAAUCGGGACCCGCGCAACCCAUCCAGUCUAUCGUAUCUCCUCUUCCUGCAGAUCGCCGACAAUCAACCGACAUAGUACAGCCCCCAACCGAUCUCACCGACAUGAAAAUUACCCCGGAGCAACUCCCCAAAUCUUCGUUCGUGACAUCCGUCGAGCCCCUCCCCAUGACCACUUCUCCACCUCGUCCUGACACGCCACCUCCACCCCCGCCGUCGAAGAUCCCGCAGUUCGUCAACUACUCCAGCCAGACUUUCGGUACUGCACCUUCGCAAGCCGCUCAAGCGGCAGCCCACUUCGCGUUCCAAGACGCUCAGCAAUUGCAGUGGAUGCCUCCGAAUUCAGACGCUGGGCUAUCUACUACUUCGACUAGCGAAUCUCGGCCAAUGUCUCCUUCGACCAAGCGACAAGACUUGCCUGUCUUCACGGCGAAUGGUAUGAUUCCGUUUGCGUCAAACCCGGCUGCUGCGACGAGUGCGAGCGGUACUGUGUCUGCUGAGAUGCGGAAUGGAGAUAGUGUGAAGAGUGAAGAAAAGGCGAAGGAUAUCUGGGAUGUGCCUGAUACGCCUGCUCGCUAAGCAGCCUGUGUCUGGCUCUGGUGUUUUGUCUGAUGGAGUUCUUGAUCAACGUUUAUAUUGGAACAACAAUGGUUUGCGCCAUCCUUAUUGACGCGGCAUAGCGCAAUGGUUCGUUGGGACUCCUAGUAUUGAGUGUUAAGGGAUGCAAGGCGUUCAUAGGUUUUGUUUCCUCCCAGAGGUGUUAGCCGGAUCCUGUGCUGCGGCCUGGUAUGGCACCCCCCUUUUCCCUUGACACCCCCUCUAAUGUAUGCUUGUAAUGCUCUUUUUGCUCGGUAGCGUGCGUCUAGGGUCAGAUACCUGUUAGUGAUACCCGCCUUUGUUACAGGCUUGCGGGACGGCUUUGGGAGCUUGAUUAA